GAGUCCUUGGGUCAGGAUGCAGCGGAGCCCCCACCCCCGCACGAGCACCUGCCCAACUUCUACAGAGAGAACAGCAAUAGCUCAGACAGCGUCCCUUCGGGGGACUGCAGCGGGCACCGGUCUCCUGGGCCGGGGCCCGGGGAGCCUGAGGGCAGAAGGGCCCGGGGCUGGAGCUGCGGUGAGCCUGCCUUGCGUCCAGGACUGCCCGGAGGAACCCCAUGGGCUGGAAGCCCUCGCCAGGAGCCUGCGCCUUGGAGCCACAACAAGGGCGUAUGGCGCGGCAACCGCCUCCUCUUCCAGGUGCUGAAAGUGCUGUUGUCCCUGGUCCGAGACGUGCUGCUCGGUGUGUGCAGGGAGGUCUCCUCUGUCCGCUUCCUGUUCGCUGCGUCGCUGCUGAGCGUCUUUCUGGCCGCAUUCUCUUGGGGGUUCGUGGACCUGCUUCCUCCUUUGGAGAAUGAACCUAAGGAGAUGCUGACUCCCAGCGAGUAUCACGAGCGCGUGCGCUCCCACGGGCAACAGCUGCAGCAGCUUCAGGCUGAGCUGAAUAAACUCCGCAAGGAGGUGGCUCGAGUUCGUGCAGCUCACAGCGAGAGAGUGGCCAAGCUCGUGUUCCAGCGGCUGAAUGAGGAUUUUGUGCAGAAACCAGACUACGCCCUGAGCUCUGUGGGAGCCUCCAUUGACCUAGAGAAGACAUCCCAUGACUACGAGGACACGAAUAUGGCCUACUUCUGGAAUCGCUUCAGCUUCUGGAACUAUGCUCGGCCGCCUACAGUCAUCCUGGAGCCAGACGUGUUCCCUGGAAAUUGCUGGGCUUUUGAGGGCGACCAGGGCCAGGUGGUGAUCCGGUUGGCAGGUCAUGUGCAGCUGAGUGAUAUCACCCUGCAGCAUCCACCUCCCAGUGUGGCACACAUGGGGGAUGCCAGCAGCACCCCCCGAGACUUUGCAGUCUUUGGUCUCUGGGUUGACAAUGAGACUGAAGUUUUCUUGGGAAAAUUCACCUUUGAUGUGAAGAAAUCUCCACUUCAGACUUUCCACCUGCAGAAUGACCCUCCAUCUGCCUUUCCCAAGGUGAAGAUCCAGAUUCUAAGCAACUGGGGCCACCCACGUUUCACAUGCUUGUAUCGAGUCCGUGCCCAUGGUUUACAAAUCUCAGAGAAGGGAGAGGACAGUGCCACAGUGUUUAAUCCCCAUUAAACAUGAUAAUGGUUGGAGUAGAA